AGCCGAAUCCUGUGAUCAGUCUUUUUUCAUUCUUCGAUCGGAACGCAUUGGAAACCCAGCCUCCGAACCAUGCAUCAGUUUACGAAUAUACUGCUGAUUGUCAGCUUGAUGACGAUUGCCCUUGCGGAAGUGGUUAAGUUUCAGGAUUGCAAGGAAAACGUGAAAUGUACGGUCCACGAGGUUCGCAUUGAUCCGUGCCCGGAAGUGGCAAAGAACAAACCCUGUCGAUUGGUUCGGCACAGCAAUGUGACGGUCUCGUUUGACUACACGCCACAGUUCGGGGCACAAGAGGCCACUUCGAAGGCAUUCUGGUCGCAGAACUUGAUGGAUUUGCCGUUCGCCGGUAUGGACACGGAAGCCUGCAAGCAUACCAGCUGUCCGGUUGUCGAGGGUCAAAGGCAGAGCUACUCGUACAAUCUCAACGUUUUAAAAUCAUUUCCACCCCGAGCUUACGACGUCAAAUGGAAACUGAUGAAUGAAGCCAAUGAGAUGUGCUGUUUUAUUACUCAGAUCGAGAUCACAAAAACUAAAUCGGGAAAACAUUGAUCGUAUGUCAUUAAUAAAUGGUAAUUUGAUAAGACGAA